AUGGACAUCCCAAGUCCAUCCUAUUCAAGUUCUCCACCUGAGCUAUCUCUUGCCCCUUCAUCUCCUUCUAUCACAAAUUGCCAGAUAUGUGAAAAACCUGGACAUGGAAACCAUUUUGGAGCAAUAACGUGCAGAGCGUGUGCAGCAUUUUUCAGACGCUUCGGCAUCACAAACAACUUCAACUUAUGCAGAAACAACAAAAAGUGUGGAUUAUCAAAAAACGGAUUGUUCUCUUGUAAGAUGUGUCGAUUGAAAAAGUGUAAACAGAUUGGGAUGACAACUGAUAAUUUUCAAUUCCAAAGAGAUUCGUUUCAUAGCGGAGAAACCGAAAAAAUGUUGGAAAACCUCGAGAGAAAAAUUCCGUCGAGCAUGAGCACUUUCACCGGUCGACCAAAUCUCAUUAUUUAUUGUGCUCCAAAGGAUGAAAAGUCGGAUAAAAAACUAAUAGAUGUUCAAUUUUUAAUUGAGAGAGCUUCGGAUAUCUUAAUAAAAGGAUCAGAAUACCCCCUGUUUGCAUCAAAUUCUCUCGGAAAACUGACCCUUGGCCUUCAAAAUCUCCGGAAAAUACCAGAUCUGAGCAAAACCAGAUAUAUCACAAAAAUCGGGCAAGAGGAAACAUUCCAAUUGUAUCAGUAUGAUGUGAUGAAAGUUGCUAAAUGGUUGACAUACUUCGAUGAGUUUCAGAAACUGAGGCAUUCACUGAAAAUGGAUAUGCUGAAAGGCUUUUGGAUAAUCUGGAGCCGUCUAGAAAAGCUGGCUACAGUAGCAGCAGCUAGGCGAGAAGGUAUUUGUAAAGAGAAUCAAGUGAUGUUGGAAAUUGAAAACCAUCAAAUUAUGGUCGACACGAAUAAAUUAGAGAUUGAUUUGUCCUGGUGUUCAAGGUACACAUUUGAACAGCUCAAGUUUUUUGGAGAACCUGAACCAAAUCGAAUUAACUACAUGGCUGCAACAAUGGCUAACCUCCAACCGACAGAUGUAGAGCUAACAUUCAUGCUGUGUCAACUAUGUCUUCAUCAUGUCGGAAAACGAUAUCAAGGAGAGAUUCUGGAAGUUUCUGAACGUCUUCAAGAAUCCCUGUCUAAUGAUUUACACGACUACUACGCAAAUAAGAUAAAAAUGCGAAAGUAUUCGGAUCGAUUAGCGAGUAUAAUGAAAGUGAAUAAUCUUGUUCGACAAGGAAUCCUACAGAGGAGAGCUAAAGUGGAGUUUAUGAACAUUUUUGAUGUAUUUUAUGUGGAAUAUUCGGAUCCAGAAAUGUUUGUUGACUUUUGA